AUGGUCGGCCCGCGGUCCGAGGGCGGGGUCGAAGGCGGCGCGCGGCGGCCUCGCGGGCAGGAGACCGGACAGGCCUCAGGGCCGGGCGGAGACGCCGGAAGACCGGGCGCUGGGCUGCACACAUUCUCCCUCCGGGUGCCGUUCCCGUCCCCCUUGGAGGCAGACAUCGCCCGCGGAUCCCUGGCCCCCGACGCGGAGCCUCACCGAGCGGCGGUGCGGAAGGAGCUCACAGUGAGCGGCGGCGUCCUGGCGGUGCGCUGGAGAGCUGAAGACUGUCGCCUGCUCCGGACUUCCGUCAUCAACUUUCUGGACCAGCUUUCCCUGGUGAUGCGGACCAUGCAGCGCUUCGGGCCCCCUCUUUCCCGCUGAGGCUGGGCUGGGAAAAGGGGGCUGCGGCGCAGGUGGGACUCGGUCCUGGGUCGUGAACCUUCCCCCGGCAGGGGUUCCUGGUAGUUGCCGCUGCGUUAUGGCGGGGCCCUGAUCUUUUGCCUGUACUGGCCCUUGGGCACUGGUGGUGUCUUGUUUUGUUUGGUGCUCGAGUGUUUGUCCCUGCGGCAGUUAAAACUGAGCUACUAAAAAUAAAUAAGUAAAUUAUG